AUGCAUGCAAUGACCCUGCUGCUGAAACGGCUCAAGGGCCAAAUGCCAGAUUGGGUUGUGGACACCCACCUCUUUUUGCAGGCUGUACAGCGUGCUAUAACGAAGAAUACUUUGUGUCGGAGAAAAACAAAGUGUGUGUGUGUGUGUGUGUGUGUGUGUGUGUGUGUGUGUGUGUGUGUGUGUGUGUGUGUGUGUGUGUGUGUGUGUGUGUGUGUGUGUGUGUGUGUGUGUGUGUGUGUGUGUGUGUGUGUGUGUGUGUGUGUGUGUGUGUGUGUGUGUGUGUGUGUGUGUGUGUGUGUGUGUGUGUGUGUGUGUGUGUGUGUGUGUGUGUGUGUGUGUGUGUGUGUGUGUGUGUGUGUGUGUGUGUGUGUGUGUGUGGGGGGAUUGAGUCAGUGGGUGCGUGCGUGUGUCACCUGCGUGCGAAUGUCAACACAAGAAGUUGAAUGGGUAUGA